GAGGGAGAGAGAGAUUGUGCGUAUGUGAGAGAGAGAGGGAGAGAAGGGGGAGAGAGAGAUCGUGUAUGUAUAUAAGAGAGACAGAGAGAGAGAGAGAGGAUGAAUGAAUGAGUGAAUGAGAAAGACAGAGUGAAGGUGUGAGAAAGAGCGCGCGCUCUCAUUGGUAAACGCAGUUUCUCCCUCGCGCACCUUCCCCGCAGUAGGCGAGCGCGCGUGGCGCAUUUGUGCCUAAGCAGCGUGACCCGUGACAUCACUGAAGAAGAAAGAAGAAGAAUGAUCGUGCGGUUGUUCAAGUCGAUUUGGGGAUUGAAGAAUGGAUUUAUCCUCUUCUGCACUCCGUUUCUUCUCCUGCCCUUGCCCCUGGUUAUUGGAACAACGGUAGCUAGCUGUGCCUAUGUUAUCGCGCUGAUGGCAGUGUACUGGUGUACCGAGGUGCUGCCUCUGGCUGUAACUGCUCUCUUACCAGUCGUGCUCUUACCACUGUUCGGCAUCAUGGACUCUAAAGAUGUUUGCAUGCAGUACCUGAAGGACACAAACAUGCUGUUUUUGGGUGGCCUGAUUGUAGCCGUCGCUGUAGAGCAUUGGAAUUUGCACAAACGCAUUGCGCUGCGAGUUUUGCUCAUCGUUGGGGUGCGGCCUGCCCUGCUGAUGUUAGGUUUUAUGAGCGUGACGGCAUUCCUCUCCAUGUGGAUCAGUAACACUGCCACUACAGCCAUGAUGGUGCCCAUAGUGCAGGCAGUGCUGGAGCAGCUCAACAACACAGCGGGAGAAGAGGAAGCUGGAGCUCCUUCAGAACGGGAGGGGAAACUGCCUGAGAAACAGGCUGAUGGCCAGGUGCAGGUGAAUGGCCUCAGCUUUUCUACAGAGAACACAGAGGAACAGAAUAUGAAAACCAAGGAGAUGCUGAGAAUGUGUAAAGGCAUGAUGCUGUGUGUGUGUUACGCUGCUAGCAUUGGUGGAACUGCCACACUCACAGGCACUGGGCCCAAUCUGGUCCUCACAGGACAAAUGAGCCAGCUCUUUCCAGAGAACCCAAAUGUUCUGAACUUUGCCUCCUGGUUUGGUUUUGCCUUCCCUAACAUGAUUGUUAUGCUCCUGGCAGCCUGGCUGUGGUUGCAGCUUGCGUUCCUGGGCUUCAAUCUCAGAAAAACAUGGGGCUAUGGCUCAGCGAAGACAGAGAAAGAGAUUGCUGCAUAUAAUGUGAUCUGUGAGGAGCAUCGUAGGCUUGGUCCCAUGUCCUUUGGGGAAAUAAGCGUUUUAACACUCUUUUGCCUACUAGUGAUUCUGUGGUUCACACGUGACCCGGGCUUUGUGGACGGCUGGGCAACACACCUUUUCAACAGUGAAAAAGAGUACGUGACAGAUGCCACAGUGGCAGUGUUUAUCGCCUCUCUUCUCUUCGUGCUUCCUUCUAAACCCCCCUGCAUGUGCUACUGUAGGUCAGAGAGCUUCGACACAGUGCCCCAGUCCAACAGUGAACCUCGAACGGCUUUGCUGACUUGGCAGGUGGUUCAGAAGAAGAUGCCAUGGAACAUAAUACUGCUGCUCGGAGGAGGUUUUGCCCUGGCUAAGGGCAGUGAGGAAUCAGGUUUAUCCGGAUGGCUUGGGGAACAGAUGUCUCCACUCCAGACCAUUCCUCCAUGGGCUAUCGCUAUAGUCGUGUGUCUGAUGAUAGCAACCUUCACAGAAUGCACCAGCAACGUGGCCACAGCCACCCUGUUUCUGCCGAUCCUUGCCUCUAUGUCCCAGGCCAUAAGCAUGAACCCGCUGUAUGUCAUGAUUCCCUGCACCCUCAGUGCUUCCUUCGCCUUCAUGCUUCCAGUGGCAACUCCUCCGAACGCCAUCGUUUUCUCUUUCGGUUAUCUGAAAGUGUCAGACAUGGCCAGAACUGGGAUUGUCAUGAACAUCAUUGGGAUCCUGUGCAUCACCCUGGCAAUCAACAGUUGGGGAAGAGCCUUGUUCCAUUUAGACACGUUUCCCAGUUGGGCUAACACCACAGCAGUCUGAAGGAAUGGACUCUAUUGUGCAAGCUAAACAUAUCACAUGUAUGAUCCUCAGCCUUUUCCCUGAUACUUUGUGCUAAGAAGAUGAGAGUUUUGCUAAUAUCUCAGCAGUGACGGGUUCUUCCGCAUGCCUCAGGCACUUAUACUGUGACAAUGUGACAAGUUUGUCAAAACUACUGUAAUAUACAAAUCAGAGUACUGCAGUGACAGUAAUACAUGUAGAUUUUGUUUCUUUUAUAAAUCUUAUGAAGGACAGUGAUAGACGUCUAUAAUCAUAUUUGUAUAAGAUUUUUUAAAAGUUAUUUAUCUGUAUACAUGUGAAGGGUAUUAUAUUACUGCCUUUUGAGAUUACUAUAAACACUGCAUAAAAUUGCAUCUUAGCAAGUGAAUAUAGUCAAAUAUAUCAAGUAUUUCCUAUUAU